AUGUCACGUGGUAACCUUGGAGAUUCCUGUUCAACAGACGAUCAAUGUUCCUCAGGAUUGAUAUGUAAAAACCGAACUGAAUCAAAAGAUGGCUUAUGCCUUUUUGGCACUACUCUGAUUUCUCAUCUGGCAAAAAAAAACAAAACUGACAAAUCAGAGACAUACCCAGACGAUUAUGUGAUUAAAACUGGUGCUACAGUGGAGACCAAGUUGGAAAGUAUUUUAACACAAAAGGAUGAAGCUGAUAUCACGAACAAAACAACAAGCGAGUUUACCUCGAAUUUCCUAACGGAAAAUAUAAAAAUUGGAAAAACCAAGAUAACAGCUCCUCCGCUUUCUGUGAAAGAAACAAAUACGUCCAGAGAAAUGACGGAGGGAUCCGUUUCAUUAUCAGCUGUAAAGAAUAACACUGUGGGCAAAAUGACAACGAAAGUCUCUUCAUUUCCAGCAACAGAAAUUACCACUGAGACGUUUCCUUCAUUUCCCGCGAUAGAAAUUACCGCUGAGAAAAUACCGACAUUUCCUCUAUCUUCCGUGACACAAAUUACCGUUGAGGACACAUUAUCGACGAAAGCUCCUUCAUCUCCCGCGACAGAAAUCACUAUGAGGAUACAUUAUCGACGAAAGUUCCUUCAUCUCCAGCGACAGAAAUCACUACUGAGGAUACAUUAUCGACGAAAGUUCCUUCAUCUCCCAUAA